AUGAAAGAAGACAACCAGUCCUGCUUGACUGAGGUUGUCCUACUAGGCUUCUCAGAUCUCCAGACCAUGCGAGAACUUCUGUUUUGUCUCAUUCUAACAUUCUACUUCAUGGCCUUGAUGGGCAACAGCCUGAUUUUCCUCCUCACCAUGCUCAAUUCUACCCUUCAUACUCCUAUGUACUUCUUCCUCUGGAAUUUGUCCUUUUUGGAAAUUGGUUAUACCUCCAACACCAGCCCAAAGAUGCUCCUGAACUUAUUCUCAGAGAAUCCAACGAUAUCCUUUUGGGGGUGUGGAUGUCAAAUGUGUUUCUCCAUUCUCUUUGGUCUCACCGAGUGUUGUCUUCUUUGUGUCAUGGCGUAUGACCGCUAUGUUGCCAUUUGCAAACCCUUGCAAUAUCCAUAUAUCAUGAACUACAGAGAAUGUGCUAAGCUUGCUGUUGCCUCGUGGGGCAUUGGUGUAUUUCUGAGUUUGGGGCAAUCUAUUUCAGUCCUCACCCUUCCCUUCUGUGGAUCAAAUAGAAUCAGCCAUUUCUUCUGUGAUAUUAAGCCUGUUCUGAGACUGGCCUCCAGCAAUACUUACAAACAUGAAGCGGCUCUUCCCAUGCUAACAGUUGUAGUUAUCCUGGUACCCCUUUUACUCAUCCUUUUUUCCUACAUCCUCAUCNNCUCCACUAUACUCACAAUGCCACUGGCCAAGAACAGGCGCAAAGCAUUUUCCACUUGUUCCUCACAUCUCACUGUCGUCUUCCUUUUCUACGGACCUGGCAUUUUUACGUACAUUCGACCCAGCUCAGCAUAUGCCAUGGAGAGUAACAGAUUCCUUGCCCUGCUCUACACAGUAGUGACCCCAAGCUGGAACCCCAUCAUUUACGGCUUGAGGAAUGCAGAGAUAAAAGCUGCUUUCAAGAAAUCUGUAACAAGGUUAUGGAUCCGCUUUAG